ACCCAGCAAUCUCUCUCCCGAAUAACCUCAGCUCCCAAUGAUCCACCCCCCGAGUCCGAGCCCCAGAUAUUUUGACGAGGGUAACCACCUAUCGAAAAGAAAAGGUGCUGCUUAUGACGAUCAUGACGCGUAUCCAGCGUGUAUACCGCUUUGGGAGGAUAUGCAUCCUCGGCCAGUGGUUCUUCACCUUCUGGGUGUUCGGCGUAACAGCCACGUCCCUCCAUCUCUCAGAUGGUCUGCAAUUUAUUGUGCCAAUGCUUGGGUAUAUUGUAUCCGUUGCCGCUAUCCACGUCGUUGUGACUUACUUUUCCGUCAAGGCUAAGACCGCAAAACCUGCUUCACCAACGGAUCCUCGACCGUCUCUUUGGUAUAUACUCACGUACUCUGUGUCAUCUCUUAUGUGGUUCACCACUAUGGCCUGCGUGGUCCUUGUACUAGUCAGAACCAUGCCCUUCGCCGACGAAAAAGACAAGGAAGGAGGUCUGCGAAAGUGCCACAGCAAAUACAAGACUUACAAAUGCUACUAUUCUACGAACAAUGCGCAAGUGAACACCCUUGCAAAGAUCAACACGGCAGCCACUAGUUUUAUAAUAAUAUUUGUAGUAGCUCACUGGUUUGAGAUAUCUAAGCUUUGGUGGCAGAAAUUCACACCAGAAGAGAUCGGGGAAGCCUAUGAUUUGAAUGGAAGGUCAUAA